AAGAGCCAUGGCGUGGCGCAGUUAUGGGACUGCGGAGGAGGGAGGAGGGAGAAUUACAGGAGGAAGGAAGACAGCAGCUGUCGUUGCUGCUCUCUCCUUCACUGCUGUUGCAGCGGUCCUCUGUGUCAUUGCUCUCACUCAAAGCCAAGACAAGAAGUCUGAACUUGUGGAUGAGAAGCUUGUGCUCUUCAAGAUGGAACCCCCUCCUGAGCCUUGGUCACCACCUGCUAACCUGUGGAUGUUCUGGGGUCAGUCACCUAACAAGCGCUUUGGACACUCCGGUGACAACAUUCGUCACUUGGUGAAGCUCGGAAGGCUUGCUGGUGGCGAGUACAGGGAUCCGCAUUUCCUGUUCAACUUUGAUUCUCAGACAUUCCGUGAUCUCUCGGAGUCCUGCUGCACCACGAUGCUCGUCGCUCCCAUGAAGAAUGACAUGCCGAUUUACAAUGCUGAGUCCAACGUUGCCCAGAGACUGCGCAACUAUGUUGCCAACGGCAACCACAUUGUCUUCACUGGUGGAUCAUUGGUAUCGAUUGAGUUUAUCAACAGAUACUUCUAUUACAACAUUGAGCCGGAAUCAUCCUCUGGAACGUUCAAGGGAUCGGGAUACGGAAACUGGUCGCCAGGACCUUUCCGGAAGCUCAUCACGACAGAUCUUCCUUGGGUUUACAAGUUGACGCCGGACACUCUCUACCAGGACCACACUUCAGUUCAGUCCAUGGCUCUCCGAUCCCUCCCCUCGGGCACCUCCGUCAUCUACAUGACGCCCAAGUCCUCGCCCGUCUUCCUCAUCAAGUUCUGCCAGAGGCUGAGUGAGAGGCAUGGUGAACCCCCCAUCAAGACUGUGCCCAAGGACUGCUGGAGGCACGCUGCCAGGGGGUACCCUUGCUCUUGCGGUACCAUCUCUUACAUCGGUUACGACUGGCAUUACGACCAGGAUGCUGCCGACUGGGACAAGGUCAUGUUGGCAGCUGUUGAGUAUCAGUCAGACCCCGAUGAGUCCACCACCUUCUCCCCUAACUGCAAGCAACCACCAAGGGUCAUUGAGGAUCCUCAUGCGCCUAAGAACCCUCCCAUGUGCGGCAAGCUCUAAUAUUCUUUCAACUGCACUGGGAUGUUGGGUUCAGUUUUGUGUCUUCACUCAGUGCUACUGUCAUGGGGUGGAGUCAAAAGCUUCUCCAAGGUAUAUUAGGAUGCAAGCAGUUAACGACCUGCCAUCUGUACAAGCGUUUUUCUUCUCGAGUAAACUUCUGGUUGCCCAAC